AUGCUGCGCGUGGAACCCCUCAACAUCGGGGUCAGCCUAGGCCCAGAGAACCUGGGGCCAGCGCCCGGCACGGCUGCCGCUGCGGGAGCUGUGCCAGUUGGCCUCGCUCCCGCCGUGACGGGGCAACCUGUCGCGCAUGCUGCAGAACAG